ACAAUGUGGUGCUAAUGAGCAACAGCAAUGCAAACAUGAAGAAUUGAUGAUGGGGCCUGAAACAACCAUGACACCAAGAACAACAGGCAAAUACUGGAAACCCUCCUUCCUGGUUUACAUGCUGUUGGUACUCUGUUUCCUGCUGAUCUUCAUUUUUUUUGGCAUUUUGUUGUCAAAAGACAUGAAGCUUUCUUCAGAAGUGAGGAAGUUACAAGAAACGAGCAAGGACUUGUUUCCAUGUGGAUCCAGAAGCUGGGAAUGGGAGUACUUUGAUGGUCGGUGUUACUACUUUUCUGUUGAAAAAGCAACUUGGCACAUGGCUAGGUCUCAAUGCCAAGCUAAAAAUUCAGAUCUGGUGGUCAUUCAUCAUGAUGCUGAACAGAAUUUCCUCCAGUAUCAAGCCAGGAAUAUGUUAUUCUGGAUUGGACUCCAUGACCUGAAGGAAGAAGGAUAUUGGACAUGGGUUGAUGCCACUGAUUAUAGAACCGGCUUCAUGAAAUGGAACAGGGGUGAACCCAAUGACAGCCAAGGAAAAGAAGACUGUGCCAUGAUCAGUGAGACUGGGCGGUGGAAUGACAUGCCCUGUACUUCCUCAGCCAUGUAUGUGUGUGAGAAGCCUUUGCCUUCCUGAAGAAACUGCGACCUUAUGCACCAUUUUCUAACCAAUCCAAAUAGAAUUGCAAGGACAAGCCCUGCCUCCAGAGUCCUGAAGCCACCUGCUUUUGCCUGCCAUGAGCUCUGCCAAGCUGGAAUGAAAACUAUAAUCCCCCAACAUAUUCUUAACUUAAAGUGACUUGCUGUUUGUUUCUGAGGAAUCGACUAGGAGGCUGUUCCUAAACUUCUGCAAUCUAAGCCAUCUCUUUGCUGAGUCAGCAUGCCUUUGUCUUCGUGAAUGUGUGCCAAAAUUGGCAUGGGAAAUGAUUCUGAGUGGCACUCAUGCUGCCGCUGCCACUGCCACUGAGGCAGCUCGGUGAAGCUUGAGCAACGUGCCACCGGGCAUGUGGCGGCAACAAGAUAUUCGGAGAGGAGGUGAGAAGCUGCCUGGGAUUCUCCAAGCUGCCUUGGUAGCUGGCAGCAGCAGUGGCAUUCUCCAACUCUCACUUCUGAGCAAGGGUAAGAAAAUGCCACUGCUGUGGUCUCUGCCACGUGCACACAGGGGAGUGGAGCCAGUGAGGGGGAUGAAAUGUUGCAACCCUUGCUUUAAAUGACUUCUGCUAAUGAUGCACCUCAAUAUCUCCAGUAUUUCCAACAUAAUGUUAUUAGACAGUCUCGCUAUGCCUUUUCCGUUGCUUCAGUAUAAUUCUGAACCUUAGUCUCUUAGCCAUUUUUCCUUGCCUGCCUUUGGAAGAGAAACUGUAGUUGGCUGCAUUCCAGACAAAAGGUCAUUUUGACAAGGCAUUUGGUCAAUGAAGGCAGACCCAAAUCAGAGUAAAAAAGAGACUAAAGGGAAAGGAAUGGAAGCACUCUUCCUUCCAUAUACGAUGAUAAGAAGUUUCAAGGCUAAACAAAACUUCUCACCCCAUUUCCUCCCUGCUGUUGUCAGAGCUGAGUGAGUAAUGCCAGACAGUGCAUUGUGCCCCCUCCCUCUCUAUUCAGAUGAUUGCUUGCAGCAAUCUCUUUUGUGAACAUCCCUUUGUUUAGAGGAGCAUACAGGGGAGCCACCCCAACAUAACCUAAUAAAUAUUCUAUUCAUGCCUUAUGUGGAGCGAGAAUCCUAAAAUCACUAGAAAUUCCUGAUAAUUCCUUUAUCAGUCUCCUCCACCAAAAGUCUUCAAUCAUGUUUCAGGGUAUGUUUUUGCCUGUAAUAAUCCCCUCAAAAAUUGCCUCAUUUCCUUGAUCAUGUUUCCCCACUCUUGCUAUCCUUGCUGUGUGUGCACUCUCAUGCACCCUACCGUUGGACUCUGUUCCUCACACUGCCCAGGUGCACCUCAUUGCUUGCCUUGUGCUUGAGUCAAUUGGAAAGGCCCUAGCUGGAAGCAGGUAGGGGUGUGCACAGAAGCAGCUGGUCUGGUUUGGUUCGAGUUCAGACCAGACUCGAACCAGACUGGGCCAGUUUGGUCCGACACCCUCUUGAACUCCCCCAGUUCGGUUCAGUCUGCCGCGUCAAGGGGGAAGGCCCAAACGAGCUGAAGAGCCGGCCAGCUGGAUGGUAUGGGUAUCAAGGGAGGCUGGUGGAGGGAGGGAGAACCUCUGCGAACUCCCCUGCCACCUGCAACAACCCCCACAGAGGGGGUAAGUAAUUUUUUUUUUAAUCGUGAGCCCCCUGAAUGGUCAGGGGGUGUUUGGUCCAGGGGAUUGUUUGGUCCGACCCCAAACAGUCAAACCGAACUGGUUUGAUGUUGAACACAUUCGACGUUGAACCUGUUUGCACAUCCCUAGAAACACGUAGCUAUGACAAACAGCUUUUCUCUUUGCCUUCCUUUCACCCUCAAGCCUCUAUCCCCUUCCCUGUACUGUAACCUGGUAAAAGUACCUCAAGAUUAACCACUCUCUUUUCAUUUUCUGUACCCCUAUUGCCCCUGAAUAAAACAACUUUGCUUUCAAGAA